CGCGCUGGUUAAAAAAUGUCUGGCGACGAUGUGGAUAAAAAGCAAGAGCAGCUGCGCCUCUUUGUGGCCGCCAGCAGGAAGCGUCUGCACGCCAUCCUGAAGCGCUUCGGCUGGAGCGAGCGGGGGGUGAUGGCGGCGAGUGACCACAGCACGCAUGACAAGGACGGCGCAACGGCAUCGAAAGUGAUGGAGCCACUGCCAUUGGCGGCCUCCUGCAGCACCGAUCCCGCCUUUUGCAUUCAGCUUGAUGACUUGACCAUUCAGGGUAUUGUGGGAGCACGACGCCUCCUGCUCCCUGCUGCCUCCUUUGAUGACCUGCAGGCGGGACUCGACGCGCGUCAGCGGCUGCUCAUCUACGAGCACGUUCUGCAGCACACCAAGAAGCACCCGCAGUUCCAGGACAACGCCGCCUUCGCCGAGGUGGUGGGCGAAACCCGGCGGGAGCGAAAGAAGCAGCGGCGCCACCGCAAGAGCAAGCCCACGCUCAACGAGGAGCUGCACCAGCUGGUCGGCCUGCAGAUGCAGGCGCUGGAGAGGCAGUGGCAGCAGGAGCACGGCGGGCGUCUUCCUCAGCAAGUGGACCGACUGCAGGAGCACCGCGGACGGCACUAUGAGCAAACACAGCACAGAUCGCAAACUGAGCGGCACCAGGAGCACAAGGGGCGACACGAUAGGCCAGUGGAGCGCUCUCAGGAGCACCGGGGGCGGCAUAACGACCAAGCGGAGCGGCUCAACGAGCGCAAGGAUCGAAGCCAGCGUCAGGAGCACCGAGACUGGCACCUCGAGCACCGGGACAUGCAUCACAAACAGCACAAGCAUCGUGGUGAAAGCCGGAGAAGAAGCCGCAGUCGCAGUCGAAGCAGGGAUCACGGUCAAGAGAGGCAGCGCCAUAGAGACAGGCGUCGCGAAGAGCGGGAGCACAGCGGGCAGCACCACAAGAAGCAUCGCUCCCACACCUCUCGUCAUUAGCGGAGUAUGUGAUUCACUCGCCUUUCACUGGCAUCGAAACUGGCGGCCAUUACAUGGUGCUGUGGUCAUUAGAGUCCAGCCGACUGUUUAUUUGGGUACUCAGAUGAUGAACAAAGCAAAAAAAAAUAAGAUAA